UGCUCGAUUGGUCGGGGGCAGUGCCGUGCCCCCAGAUUAUAUUGUGAAAACUGCAAUGAAAACUAUUUAUAAGAGCAAGAAUGUGAAUUGGUUGUAUGGCCUAUGUUUCGUUGCCUGUUUUGUACCGACAAAAUAAACAAAAAAAAAACUUUUCUGCACGGAUUGUCACGAAAAUGACAGACUCAACACAACAGACGUUUUAUUUUAAUGUUUACUUAUUACUAUUUUAAUGUGCCAUUUUUUUAUGUAUAUGAUAUAUUUUAGCGAUAUGGAUUUGAUGGAAUUUGAUUAUGACACUUGAAAGUGGAGACGAUCAUCACAAUCGGAAGAAAUAUAGCCACCAAGCACAACAAACUCAUAAGCGCCUGUUAGACUCUUAUAAAUUCGAAUUCUAUGAAAAGUAUUCUAAUGAAGAAGCUUUUAGCACUAGGAAGCAAGUCACAGAUUACGAUAGAAUAAAAACGGUAGGGUUGGGCGCAUUCGCUGCCGUGUUUCUAGUUCGGGAUAAAGAUACGCUGCAGGUGCACGCCAUGAAAGCAGUGGACAAGGGAGAAGUUGUGAAAAAAAAGGCCGUUAAACAUUUACAUAAUGAAAAGAAAAUACUACAAUGUGUCAAUUUUCCAUUUGUAAUGAAUUGUGACUCUGUUUGCAAAGAUAACAGAGACAUCAAACCUGAAAAUAUAUUUAUUGAUAAAAACGGGUAUGUAAAAAUCGGUGACUACGGUUUCGCCAAAGUGAUCAAGAGCAGGACGUGGACUUUAUGCGGGACGCCGCAAUAUUUGGCUCCGGAGAUAAUCAUGUCGAAAGGAUACUCUUAUUCUGUGGACUGGUGGUCGUUCGGAGUACUCAUCUUCGAGAUGGUCUCUGGUUACGCUCCGUUUUGUCACCACGAGCCUGCAAAGCUUUAUGAUAAGAUUUUAUUAGGUCGUUUUAAGGCACCUGAUACUAUGUCCGGUAUAUGCAAGCAGUUGGUAAAGCGCUUGCUGAAUGUGGAUCCAACCAAACGGUAUGGGUCCUUAAAGUCGGGCGUAUAUGAUAUCAAAAGCCAUGAAUGGUUCGGAGACAUCGACUGGGGUAGCAUAUUUCAUCAGAAAAUUGAAGCUCCACACGUACCAAUAGUGAAAGACCUCGGGGUGGGAGAAGGAUUCACUGAACGCGGUGACGUCAUGCUUAAAACCUCCCCAGUUUGUGAAUAUGAAGAGGAAUUUAGAAAUUUCUAAAGUGUUCAUAGAAAAUAUGUAUAAUGAGUAAUUGUAAUUGUAUACUUUGAA